AUGGGCUCUGCUUGUGAAACAGAAAGCAUUCUUGAAGACGGAAAUUGUUUCUUUCGGGCAGUGGCACAGGUGAUGUGUGGUACACAAAAAGCUCACAGAACUCUUAGACUUGCAGUUGUGAAACAUAUGCAGUUGCACAGCUCUGAAUACAAGAAUCUUUUAAGAUCUCAAUACACAUCGAUGGAAGAUUAUUUAUCUUCUUCAAAAAUGAAGUACGUGGGAACAUGGGCCACUGAGGUUGAAAUUCAAUCCACAGCAAACUAUUUAGGGGUUGACAUUUUUACAUUUCACCUUGGAAAAUGGUUGAAGUAUAGUUGUAUGCAUGAAAAGAUGUGCAACCAAGGCAUAUACUUGCAACACUCCAAUGAAAAUCAUUAUGAAGUUGUUGUUUGUGUAAGACAAUUUGAAUCUCAUAACUGUUAUGAGUUGUGUCACAAUAAAAAGGAUAAUGAUGGUAAACGUACACGCACAAGACAAAGUGUCAAAGCACAGAGUGAAGUUUAUGAAACACAGAAGACUUGUAUGUGUGCAGAUGUGUCUGGCAUUAUUGCGGCUAACGAGGUUAGAAUGCGAUCGGCAGACGUGAAAAAUGAGUUUAUAGGGAUAUCUUCCAGUGUUGCUUCAAUUGUAAAGCAUAAAAUGCAAAAUGUGUGUAGCUGGAAGAAGUCAGUUCUUAAAGACAUUCAUAGCGAGGGAUCAAAAUUAUUUAGUGAUGGAUCUUUAUGUCAAAAAAUGCUCAAAGGUUAUGGAGAUUUACAUUUUUCUCAUUGGAUUAGUGGUCAACACACUGUUUUCAACAAAAUAUGUGAAGUAUCAGUAGAACAGAGACCGGAUGUAAAAAAGAGUGAGCUGUAUGAGAGCGUACAGGAAAUUUUCUUUAGUUACGAAUCUUGCCUGUUAGCCAUAAAUGGAGAGUUCUGCGCGAUCAUGAAGCAUAAUGAUUAUUAUGUCAUUGUAGACUGUAAUGUUCGUAACGCAUCUGGUCUGGGAUCAGAUAUAGGCACAUCAGUUGUGAUUUUAACACUAAUUGGCAAGAUCUGA